CUCGCAAUCAAAUUCGACACCGCCACGGACUGCCUGCACUUGCUUUACAAUUGACCCUUGGACUCAACAUGCAAUAUUCUCUCUGAAAUUGUCAUCCCUACGAGUCCGGCCUGUAACAUACCUAUGCCUGAACGAUUUCCUCAUCCCUUUCGGUCCCGAGUAUUGCGGUGACAUUUCCAGCAUAAUGCCUGUGGCUACAGAAGUCUCUGACAACUGGCCGGGUAAAGAGCAGGUGGUCAAUGAUGUUCCGAAAGUCAUCAAAGAAUUACAUUUCGGCGUCUUGUAUGGAGACAACGGGGGAGGGCAAAGAAUAUUUUCUGACACUUCUGCAGAUCCGAUCAAGAUAUCAUAAAUCAGUCGCAAGUUGAACUUGUUGACCGUCGACUUUUUGAUCUCGACAAAGGCCGCACGUACGCCGAAUAUGGACCUCUCGAUAGGCGCAUGGGGAUAUCAGGCAAGCGAGACACCUGCGCAACCUGCGGUGAACAAUUGCAAACCUGCAACGGUCACUUUGGCCAUGUUCGACUUGUUCUACCUGCUUUCCAUGUCGGAUACUUCAAGAAAGUCAUACAAAUACUCCAAAGCAUCUGCAAGGACUGUUCCUGCAUCCUCCUCUCCGAGACCGAUCGACGGAAGUUCAUCGGUGCUUUACGCAGAAAUCAACAUGAUAGUUUAAGACAAGCCAUUAUCGUACGGAGAAUAGCGGAUCAAUGCCGAAAAACAAAGACAUGCUUUGAAUGUGGUGCCAUCAACGGAUUGGUCCGAAAGGCCGGAACAUCUUCUCUGAAGAUCUCCCACGAUAAAUUCAAGUCAUACAAUUCGUCCACAGCUAAAUCGAAGGUCCCGCCGCCUGAAAAGGUCGACUUCGAUCAGUCCUUCAAUCAUGCAAAGCAGUCGAAUUACGAACUUGAAAAGCAUCUCAAGAAGGCUAUGGAUGAUCUGAACCCCUUGCGAACAUUGAAGCUAUUCAAACGCAUACGGCAGGCCGACCGCGAGCUGUUGGGUCUGCGUUCUGCCAGUCCCGAGUCAUUCUUGUGGCUAUACAUUCCUGCUCCACCAGUUUGCAUCCGCCCAUCAGUCGGCCAGGAAGGUGCUAGUACAGAAGAUGAUAUUACUGCGAAACUGGGCGACAUUGUCGCUGCGAAUGCCGCCCUCGAAGAAGCCAUCGAGAAGGGCGCGCCUGUUCAGUCUGUCGUUGAGCAUUGGGAUUACCUCUCCCUCCAACUCGCCAUGUACAUUAACAGUGACGUGCCAGGCCUUGCGAAGGGAGAGUUUGGCAAGCAGAUCAGAGGUUUUGUUCAGCGUUUGAAAGGUAAACAGGGUCGCUUCAGAGGCAACCUUUCAGGAAAGCGUGUCGACUUCUCUGGACGUACUGUCAUUUCCCCGGAUCCGAACUUGAGAAUUGACGAAGUUGCCGUUCCCGUGUUGGUUGCGAAGAACAUGACCUAUCCCGAAGUGGUCAACGAAAUCAACAUCGAUAAGCUACGCACGAGAGUCCGAAAUGGACCCCACGUGUGGCCUGGUGCCAACUACGUCUGGAAGAAAGACGGAGAUUUUCGCAUGUUCCUGAGAUAUGGUAAACCACCGCUAAUAGCCAAGGACCUCAAAGAAGGAGACAUCGUGGAGCGCCACUUGGAGGAUGGAGACAUUGUCUUGUUCAAUCGUCAACCGUCUCUUCACAAGCUGAGUAUUCUCAGUCACUUCGUCAAGGUUCGACCGCACCGUACCUUUCGACUCAACGAAUGUGUAUGUAACCCUUAUAACGCCGACUUCGACGGGGACGAGAUGAACUUGCAUGUUCCUCAAACAGAAGAAGCACGUACAGAAGCAACGCUGUUGAUGGGUGUCAAGCACAACAUCGUCACGCCAAAGAAUGGUGAACCCAUCAUUUCGGCUAUUCAGGAUUUCAUCACUGCUUCCUUCCUUCUCAGCCAUCUGGAUCAGUUUUUUGACAGAAAGACAUUCGUCACCAUCUGCAUGGGCAUGUUGGAGCCCGAGACAAAAUUCGAGCUUCCACCACCAUCCAUCGUAAAACCGGAAGCGCUGUGGACUGGCAAGCAGGUUUUCAGUGUCCUACUGAGACCGAACAAGCAAUCGCCGGUGACGGUCAAUCUUGAUGCUGCUAGCCGAGAUCACAAUCAAUACCAUCCAGACAUGCAUCGAGAUCUGCAGGAUGACAGCUUUCUUUGCAUUCGCAAUUCGGAAGUCUUGUGCGGCAGAAUGGACAAGGGGACGGUUGGAUCAGGAAAGAAAAACUCGGUCUUCUACAUCCUGUACCGUGACUUUGGCCCCGAUGCAGCCGCUCAAGGAAUGAAUCGGCUAUCCAAGCUGUGCGCGAGAUGGUUGGGCAAUCAAGGCUUUACUGUUGGUAUCAGUGAUGUCACUCCACCCAAAAUGCUCAUCAAAGAGAAGGCUGAUAUGAUUGCUAAAGUCUUUGACGACUGCAACCAGUUUGUGAGAACAUCCAAGGCAGGUAAACUGAAAAGAAAGCCUGGACUGGACGAUGCAGGUAGUCUUGAAGCAGAACAAGUCAGAGUGCUGAGUACGGUCCGAACAAACAUCGCCGGCAUCCUAACUUCUCAGUUGAGCAAGAGGAACAGCCCCAUGGUUAUGGCCAUCUCGGGUUCCAAAGGUUCCAACAUCAACGUCACGCAGAUGGCCGCUUUGCUUGGACAACAAGAUAUCGAAGGGAAGCGUGUCGCCGAUGGUUUCCAAGACCGAACACUUCCGCAUUUUGCAAAGCACGAAAGAUCACCCCCGUCGAAGGGAUUUGUAUCCAACAGCUUUUUCAGCGGUCUGCUCCCAUACGAAUUCUUAUUCCAUGCUGUUGGUGGUAGAGUCGGUCUGGUCGAUACUGCCGUCAAGACAGCCGAAACCGGUUAUAUGUCUCGACGACUCAUGAAAUCACUGGAAGAUCUCUCCACGCAGUACGAUCACACAGUACGAAAUUCAGCAUCGAACAUCGUACAAUUUCGUUUUGGAGACGAUGAGCUCGACCCCGUUGACAUGGAAGCCAGUGCAAAGCCAGUCGAUUUCGAGCGCACCUAUGCCCACGUCGAAGCUACCACUUUCGACAUUAACGAUCCCGGCCUUAGCGAUACCGAGAUCUUCGCUACGAUGGAAGAGAUCCUGGCGCCGAAACGUGGUCUUCUAACGCGUAACAAUCUCAGUAGUGAUGAGCUCGGAUACGACGUUGAUGACGACAGAUUGGUGGACCAGCACGAAAGUCAUCGCGCAUUUCUGCAGUCUAUAAACGACUUCGUUAUGGGCAAGGCUCGCUCCUUCGAGGAUGCGAGAGCACAGAAGAGAGGCUACGCCUUACCUCCGGCUAGAUCAUCCAGUUCAAGCAAGCGAAAAGCCGACGCCGAGGGCGACGCCGAAGAAGACCAGGUCGAGGCGUCAAGUGGACCAACACGACGCUCGGGGCGGAAGAGCACCACUAAUGCACCAACAUCACCCAAAGCCGUCAAGAAGCAAAAGAGAUCCGCCUCCGAUGACCAAACUCUGGUCCGAGUCCAAGCCCCUCCAUCGACGAAAGAUCGCUUCGACUUGACGUCCAAACUCUCCAAAAAGACCCUCCAAACCUUCGUCAACUUGUGUCUAGAAAAGUACGAACGCGCCCGCGUUGAACCUGGCCAUGCCGUCGGCGCUGUUGGCGCUCAGUCUAUUGGCGAGCCAGGCACCCAAAUGACACUUAAGACCUUCCAUUUUGCUGGUGUUGCAGGCAUGUCCUUAACGGCCGGUGUCCCGCGUAUCAAGGAGAUCAUCAACGCGAGCAAGGACAUCAGCACACCCGUGAUAACAUGCCGCUUAGAACGUCGCCGAGAUCUCUCCAUUCCUGAAGGCCUUGGCCGGAUCGUCAAGGGCCGUAUUGAGUGUCUGUACCUGGAGGAUGUGACGCAGUACAUCGAGAUCAGACACUCGUUGGACCGGCCAAGUUGUAUUCUGCUCAAGAUCAGUCUUGAUACAAUCACCGAGCUUGGUCUCGAUUUGACCAUGGAGGAUAUAUGUCUUGCAAUCCAGCGGCAUCGGCAGCUCAAGGCGGCGAAGUUGCGGCUUCAAAUUCGUGGGAAAGAUGAGCUUAAGCUUUCGACGGACACUCCAAUAAAGUCUGCCAAGCGCGGGACCGCCGCGAAGAUCGACGAGGAGGGACAGAGCGAACGGCUGUUGAGGCUGCAGACACUAAGACGCAUUCUGCCGAGCGUACAUGUCCUCGGCCAUCCACAAGCCACGAGAGCGGUUGUCAUGGCCGAGGACGAUCCGAAGAGCGACGAGAUCAAGGCUUUGCGCGCAGCAGCGGCGAGGGUGAAAGCAGAAAACGAACAGGAGCGAGCAGAGACCAAGUCCACGGAGCCAGAGGUCAAAGAUGAAAACAGCUCUGCCUCGAAAGUCAAAGUUGAAGAACCGGCCUCAUCAGUCAUCCCGAAAGCACCAGCUGCAGAUUCAGGCAAACCCGUACAAAUGCACAGAGUCAUGGUCGAAGGGUACGGAUUGCGCUACUGCAUGAACACCGAUGGUGUAGACCCAUACCACACGCAGACCAACUCGGUCAUGGAAACUCUACAAGUCCUUGGUAUCGAAGCCGCGCGGGCCAAGAUCAUUCUCGAGAUCCAGGAGGUCAUGAAGUCUCUGUCGAUUGACCCGCGACACAUGGCGCUGUUGGCCGACGUGAUGACGUACAAGGGCGAAGUGUUGGGCAUCACCAGAUUCGGCCUGGCCAAGAUGCGCGACAGUGUGCUCCAGCUGGCCAGUUUUGAGAAGACAGCAGAUCAUGUCUUUGACGCGGGUAUCGCGGGGAAAAUUGAUAAGAUCGAAGGAGUGAGUGAGAGCGUCAUUGUUGGGAAGACGAUGAACGUGGGCACGGGGAGCGUCGAGGUUGUGAGGUAUCUCAAUGUCGAUUUGGGCGCGAAAGAUAAUGGGAAGAAGCCUGCUGUAUUCGAGGAUGCUUGGAAUAGGGCUGUCAAGGCGGAGAGGAAGAAGAAGUAAGAAUCAUUGACCAGCGACAAGGAAUAUGAGAUUUGCAGAUAAGUCUCGACGGGAUGUGAUGGUCUGAUGGGUCAUGACACGAGAUAAACACUUAUUGCAGCGAUGAUAGAUGCUUGAAGAGCUGAAUGACCACAGAAAUGAACCAUGCAACCUUUGCUCUUUGUCCU